UUCGGCAUUCUGUCUGGCGCUUGAAGUAAGAAUUCAAGCGCUUUCACGGCGACAGCGAACAUGCCAACGCACUGCUGUGUCCCUGUGUGCAAGCAAUACGGAUACGUUGACAAGUCCGGACGAAAGGUGUCAUACCACAGGUUUCCCAGCGACGAGGGAAUGAAGAAAAAAUGGAUCGCUGCCAUAAAGAGGGACGAAGGGCCGCUGUUUAAAAUAUCUAAAGCGACCAAAGUAUGCUCAUUGCAUUUCCUGGAGGCAGACUACUGGGGAAAUGUUGCUAGUGGUCAUUGCCUCCUCAAAGACGAGGCUGUACCAUCCAUUUUUCCAUUUCGGAAAACCAAGCCCCCAAGAAAACCUCCUCGACAGCGAACGUCUUCAGCCAUUCCUGCUUCCAAGAAGAAAUGCACCGAGCUCCACCCACCAGCUGACAGUCCAAUGGAUUUGGCAAGUGCACCCGAUGAGAACGAAGCCCCGCAACAGGAGAUUGUCGCAGACCAGAAUGUGCUUCAGGAGCCUGCUCCUACUAUCCACAGCGAGCUCACGAAAGCAAUUGCUGUGCUGGAGGCACAGCUUGCCACAGCUAAAGACCAGGCAUCUAAGCAGCAGGCAGAAUUAGCCGAGCAGGCAGUGCAACUAAGCAAGGCUCGUGCUGAACUCGCUAGUUGUCGGCCAGAGCUGGAAACUGCGAAGAAUAGAGCUGAAAGCACAGAAUAA